AUGUUUCCAGACCAAACGCUGCCGCCUGCAGCAUCGGAGAUACCUCGUCAACAGCAGCCAUUGCCGGUUGUUCACAAUGCCUACACACCCAAGGAAGCCAUUGAGAUCUCUUCGAGAACAGGUGCCUACAAGGCCCACAUGCGCAUCGACAAAACCAUCAUCUCUUCGUUCAUGGCCGGCUGUCUUCUGUCUUUCGGAGGUGCCUGUUACAGCAUUAUCAACACCUCUUCCUGGCUCAAUGAGAAUGCUCCUGGUAUCCCCCGCAUGUUGGGCGCCCUCAUUUUCCCCUUCGGUUUGGUGGUCAUCGUCAUGACUGGAGCAGACCUCUGUACCGGAAGUUUCAUGUACACCAGUUUGGCAGCCCUUCAUCGACGCACCUCUGUCUUACUCAUGCUGAGACACUGGUUCCUGACCUUCUUCGGCAACCUCGCUGGUGCUCUGUUCGUUUCCUGCGUUAUCAUUGGCUACGGCGGUGUCUUCGAGGCUGCCGCCUACAAGAAGGAGCUUCUCACCAUUGCAACGACCAAGGCUGUGACACCAAUGUGGCAUCAGAUCUUCCUGAAGGCCAUUGGUGCUAACUGGCUUGUGUGUCUUGCUUGCUUCCUGGCUUGCUGUGCGAGGGAGUUCUUCUCCAAAGUCACGGCAAUCUGGUGGCCCGUGUUUGCCUUCGUGUUGCUCGGUCUAGACCAUGUGGUGGCCAAUAUGUUCUAUAUUCCCUUGGCCAUCUUUUACCAUCAUCCUGACAUUACCGUUGGCUACUACAUCUGGAAGAGCAUGAUCCCCGCUGCUCUGGGCAACAUCGUUGGUGGCAGUGUUUUUGUCGCCUUUGUUUACUGGUAUCUCUUCUUGGUUGGCGAUUCAUCCGAAAUCGUCAUCGAUGGCGAUUACUGGGACGUUCAAAGCCGGUCUUCCAUCAGCUCUUCCUCGGACCCCGUCCCUCAACACUCAUCCAACAAGGAUGAUGGCAAGAUGGUUUAA